UUUAUGACUUUGGACAUAACAGUGCCAAAGUUUGUUUACAAAUGUGAAAAUCAUGUUGCGGAGAUACAUUUUAUCGCUUGGGUCAAGAGAGAUAGUAAAAUGCCAUAAGCGUUUGCUGAAUUUAGACGCAGUUGCACCUAUUGGCACAACCCUUGAAAAAGAUGCAAGCUACAAGGAAAAUGCAGAUACAAUGCAGACCCUUGUGGACGACUUGAAUGCCAAAGUCAAUAAAAUCACACAAGGUGGGGGUGAGGCAGCCAGAAAGAAGCACACAGAUCGAGGGAAGAUGUUACCCCGAGACAGAAUCAACUCCCUACUGGACCCACAGUCUCCUUUCCUUGAGCUGAGUCAGUUGGCAGGGUACCAGUUGUAUGGGGAGGAAGAGGUUCCUGCGGGGGGCAUCAUCACAGGGAUAGGUCGUGUGUCAGGAGUGGAGUGUAUGAUUGUGGCUAAUGAUCCAACUGUGAAGGGAGGGUCAUAUUACCCCGUCACGGUCAAAAAACACCUGAGGGCUCAGGAAAUAGCACAACAGAACCAUCUACCCUGUAUAUACCUAGUUGACUCGGGUGGAGCUAAUCUUCCCAGACAGGAGGAUGUAUUCCCAGACAGAGACCACUUUGGAAGAAUUUUUUUCAAUCAGGCCAACAUGUCUGCUCUCAAGAUUCCUCAGAUAGCUGUGGUUCUGGGUAGCUGUACGGCUGGUGGGGCCUAUGUUCCAGCUAUGGCAGACGAGAGUAUCAUUGUCAAGAAGCAUGGAACCAUUUUCCUUGGAGGUCCUCCUUUGGUGAAGGCAGCCACAGGGGAGGAGGUAUCAGCCACUGACCUGGGAGGGGCACAGCUACACUGCAGUAAGUCUGGGGUAACUGAUUACUUUGCUCAAGAUGACCUUCAUGCACUCCACCUGGCCAGACGAUGUGUCAAAAACAUCAACUACACGAAGGACCCAAAGGUUACCAUAGAAACCCCUGAGGAGCCUAUCCACCUGGCUGAGGAGCUGUAUGGAAUUGUGGGAGCUAAUCUGAAGAAGACGUUUGAUGUUAGAGAGGUCAUAGCGAGGAUAGUUGAUGGAAGUAAAUUUGAUGAAUUUAAAACAAUGUAUGGUGAAACCCUAGUUACAGGUUUUGCUAGACUAUGGGGAUACCCUGUAGGAAUUCUGGGUAAUAAUGGAGUGCUGUUUAGUGAAUCAGCAUUAAAGGGAACACACUUUAUAGAACUUUGUUGUCAAAGAAACAUACCUCUUAUAUUUCUUCAAAACAUCACAGGUUUUAUGGUUGGUCGAGAUGCUGAGGCAGGGGGUAUAGCCAAGCAUGGAGCUAAAAUGGUAACAGCAGUGGCUUGUGCCAAAGUACCUAAAUUUACUGUGAUAAUCGGAGGCUCCUAUGGGGCAGGGAAUUAUGGGAUGUGUGGUAGGGCAUACAGUCCCCGGUUCCUGUACAUGUGGCCCAAUGCCAGGAUUUCUGUGAUGGGAGGAGAACAGGCAGCCAGUGUGUUAGCUCAGAUCACACGAGAACAGAGGAUCAAGGCUGGGAAAGAGUUCACACCAGAUGAGGAGCAGUUAAUAAAGGUCCCAGUGAUAAAGAAAUAUGAAAAGGAAGGUCAUCCCUAUUAUGCCAGUGCUAGGUUAUGGGACGAUGGAGUUAUAGACCCUGUGGACACACGCACUGUGUUAGGACUGAGUCUUAGUGCCUCUCUAAAUGCCCCUCAACAGACCACACGGUUUGGAGUAUUCAGGAUGUGAGGGGCACACUGUUGUUCACUGAACAGUGGAAAGAUACAAACUGUCUUGAUAAGCAGUCUAGAAAGUGCAGGACAUUUUGUGAUUGUGUAAGCUAUUGUGAAAAGUUCGGUACUGCUGUCAUAUUUAGUAAUUUGUUUGGUAAAGUACAGGUGUUUUUGUGGAGAUGAAAUUCAAACCAUAUCAGGAUUUGUCUGCUGUAUGAUUAACGAAAGAUGAAACUAUAAUCUUAGGCAAAGAAAUUAUUUAUGUGUGAUGUUUAGAAUACUCAAAGUGUGUGGAUCAAUUUGAAUUCAAUGUGUACAUGUUUAGCAUAUGACAUACAUUUAUACAUUAUAGAGUAAACUAUUUUGUCAAAUGUAUGAAUAUUUUGUUUGAUAGUAAAGCAAAUCAAGUUUUUAUUUAAGAAAUGGAUGUUUUUAUGAUUCAUGAGGACAUAUAUGUACAUUUAUAUAAAUGUUUAAUAAAAAUGUCUAUGUCA